UUGGGUUUUGACAGUUCCACCUGAGACUUUUGGCACAACAUAGUUUCUUCUGCACAGAGGAGAGAAGUAAUAAAAGCUCAUAGACAGAUGAAAACUUUCCAUGCCCCCAGCAACUCCAGCACCAUCACCGGCUUCAUCCUCCUGGGCUUCCCCUGCCCCCAGGAGGGGCAGAUCCUCCUCUUUGUGCUCUUCUCUGUUGUCUACCUCCUCACCCUCAUGGGCAAUGCUUCCAUCAUCUGUGCCGUGCACUGGGAUCUGAGACUGCACACGCCCAUGUACAUCCUGCUGGCCAACUUCUCCUUCCUGGAGAUCUGGUACGUCACCUCCACAGUCCCCAACAUGUUGGCCAACUUCCUCUCUGACACCAAGGUCAUCUCCUUCUCUGGGUGCUUUCUCCAGUUCUAUUUCUUCUUCUCCUUGGGUUCCACUGAAUGCUUUUUCCUGGCGGUUAUGGCCUUUGAUCGGUACCUUGCCAUCUGCAGGCCUCUACACUAUCCGUCCAUGAUGACCAGAGGUCUCUGCACCAAUCUUGUGCUAGGCUGCUGGGUACUUGGUUUCCUCUGGUUCCCAGUUCCCAUCAUCAUCAUCUCCCAAAUGUCCUUCUGUGGAUCUAGGAUUAUUGACCACUUCUUGUGUGACCCAGGUCCUCUGUUAGCCCUUGCCUGUUACAGAGACCCUGCAGUAGAGUUGACUAGCUCCACCUUAAGUUCUCUACUUUUAUUUAUUCCCUUUGUCUUCAUCAUGGGUUCUUAUGUGCUGGUUCUCAGAGCUGUGUUGAGAGUUCCUACAGCAGCAGGGCAAAGAAAGGCCUUCUCUACCUGUGGGUCCCACCUUACUGUGGUUUCUCUUUUCUAUGGCUCAGUGAUGGUUAUGUAUGUGAGCCCAACAUCUGAGCAUGAAGCUGGUAUGCAGAAGAUUGUGACUCUGUUUUAUUCUGUAGUUACUCCACUCAUUAACCCUGUUAUAUAUAGCCUAAGAAACAAAGAUAUGAAAUAUGCAAUGAAGAAAUUACUGAGAAAAUAA